AUGAAGGCGUUGAUCACGAAUAUCCCAAAGAUCUGGAAGUUGGAAGAUCGUGUUGUCGGCACAGAACUGGGACAUAGAAUGUUUCAGUUCGUCUUUGAAAAGGAGGAAGACAUUGAUGGGGUCUUGAAGCUCCAACCGUUUUAUUUUGAUUAUUGGAUGCUCUCUCUGGCAAGAUGGCAACCAAAGAGGUCUCAAAACUUCCCGUCGGAGAUACCGUUUUGGAUUCGGGUUUUGGGCAUUCCUUCGGAGUUUAGAACGGCUCCUACUUACGAAAGUAUUGGGGAUGCUAUUGGAAGAACGGUGGCAGUUGAUGUGGAACAGGGCCGAGUCCAAGUGGUGGUAGACGCAUUCAAAGAGCUUUGCUUCGAAACCACAAUAGAUUUUAAGGGAGGGGUGUUUUAUGAGGGGGAGGAAGCUCUGGUGUCUUUGCGGUACGAGAAGCUCUUUGGCUACUGCAAAUUAUGUUCCAGUCUUUGCCAUAAAGAUGAGAAAUGCCCUUUGGAGAAGAAAAACACAACAAAGAGUCCAAAGAGAAAAAGGGAGAUACACUACAAGAAAACAUAA